AUGACAGCUAUGGAAGCCGUGGAGUCCCCGGAGUCCCUGGCCGCUAUCGCUUACCUGCUCAACCUUGUCCUGAAGCGUGUGCCCAGCCCUGUCCUCAUGAAGAAGUUCUCCGAUACUUCCAAAACCUUCAUGGAUAUCCUUUUAGCCCAGGCCAGCAGCGGCUCCACCUCUGCUCUCCGAUGGGUCCUCUCCUGCUUGGCCACCCUUCUUCGGAAGCAGAACCUGGAAGCCUGGAGCUACCCCGUGACCCUACAAGUGUAUCAUGGGCUACUGAGCUUCACGGUGCACGCCAAGCCCAAGGUCCGGAAGGCUGCCCAGCAUGGUGUGUGCUCAGUUCUGAAGGGCAGUGAGUUCAUGUUUGGUGAAAAGGCCCCUGCCCACCAUCCUGCGGCCGUUUCCACGGCUAAGUUCUGCAUCCAGGAGAUGGAGAAGUCUGGAGGCGCCAAGGAGGCCACCACCACGCUGCACAUGCUGACGCUGCUGAAGGACCUGCUGCCCUGCUUCCCCGAAGGCCUGGUGAAGAGCUGCAGUGAGACCCUCCUCAGGGUCAUGACCUUGAGCCACGUGCUGGUGACCGCCUGUGCCAUGCAAGCCUUUCACAGCCUCUUCCACGCCAAGCCCAGCCAGGACACCCUGUCGGCGGAGCUCAAUGCCCAGAUCAUCACGGCCUUGUAUGACUACGUGCCCAGCGAGAAUGACUUACAGCCCCUGCUGGCCUGGCUUAAAGUCAUGGAGAAAGCCCACAUCAACCUGGUCAGGCUGCAGCGGGACCUGGGUCUGGGUCACCUCCCUCGCUUUUUUGGAACAGCGACGAGCUGCCUCCUCUCCCCCCACUCGCAGGUGGUUACAGCUGCCACCCAAAGCCUCCAGGCGAUCCUGAAGGAAUGCGUGGCUCCCCACAUGGCUGACAUCGGCUCUGUGACCUCCUCAACCUCGGGCCCUGCCCAGUACGUCGCCAAGAUGUUCAGGGCAGUGGAGGAGGGCCUGACCUACAAAUUCCAUGCGGCGUGGAGCUCCGUGCUCCAGCUGCUGUGUGUCUUCUUCGAGGCAUGCGGGAGGCAGGCCCACCCUGUGAUGAAGAAGUGUCUCCAGUCCCUCUGUGACCUGCGCCUCUCCCCCCACUUCCCCCACACAGCAGCUCUGGACCAGGCAGUGGGGGCUGCCGUGGCCAGCAUGGGGCCUGAAGUGGUUUUACAGGCUGUGCCUCUGGAGAUCGAUGGCUCUGAAGAGACCCUGGAUUUCCCACGGAGCUGGCUGCUGCCCGUCAUCCGGGACCACGUCCGGGACACUCGACUUGGUUUCUUCACCACCUACUUCUUACCCCUGGCUACCACCCUGAGGAACAAAGCAAUGAACCUGGCCCAGGCGGGCAGCACGGUGGAGUCCAAGAUCUACGACACACUCCAGUGGCAGAUCUGGACCCUCCUGCCUGGGUUCUGCACGAGGCCCACGGACGUGGCCGCCUCCUUCAAAGGGCUGGCUCGAACACUGGGCACAGCCAUCAGCGAGCGCCCAGACCUGAGGGCCACUGUGUGCCAGGCCCUGCGCACCCUCAUCGUCAAGGGCUGUGAGGCAGAGGCUGACCGUGCUGAAGUGAGCCGCUUUGCCAAGAACUUUCUGCCCAUCCUCUUCAACCUGUAUGGGCAGCCUGUUGCAGCCGGGGAUCCUCCAGCCCCUUGCCGGGCUGUGCUGGAGACCAUCAAAACUUACCUCACUAUUACUGAUACCCAGUUGGUGAAUGGUUUCCUGGAAAAAGCCAGUGAGAAGGUGCUGGACCCUACUAGCUCAGACUCUACCAGACUGUCUGUUCUGGACCUGGUUGUGGCUUUGGCUCCUCAUGCCGACGAGGCGGCCAUCAGCAAGCUGUACUCCACCAUGCGCCCUUACUUGGAGAGUAAGGCUCACGGGGUACAGAAGAAGGCCUACCGUGUGCUCGAGGAGGUGUGUGCCAGCCCUCAGGGGCCUGGGGCCCGCUUUGUGGAGAGCCACCUGGGAGACCUGAAGCAGACCUUGCUGGACUCGCUGCGGAGCGCAUCCUCGCCCGCCAAGAGGCCGCGUUUGAAGUGCCUCACACAUAUUGUGAAGAAGCUCUCUGCUGAGCACGAGGACUUCAUCACUGCCCUGGUCCCGGAGGUGAUCCUGUGCACCAAGGAGGUGUCGGUGGGCGCGCGGAAGAAUGCUUUCAGCCUGCUAGUGGAGAUGGGCCAUGCUUUCCUUCGGUUUGGCCCGAACCAGGAAGAGGCCCUGGAGCACUACCUCGUCCUGAUCUACCCCGGCCUUGUGGGGGCUGUGACCAUGGUCAGCUGUAGCAUCCUGGCUCUGACCCACCUCCUUUUCGAGUUUAAAGGUCUGAUGGGCACCAGCACUGUGGAGCAGCUGCUGCAGAACGUGUGCCUGCUCCUGGCCUCCCGCACCCGCGACGUGGUCAAGUCGGCUCUGGGCUUCAUCAAGGUGGCAGUGGUCGUCAUGGACGUGACACACCUGGCCAAGCACGUGCAGCUGGUGAUGGAGGCCAUUGGGAAGCUUUCGGAUGACAUGCGUCGGCACUUCCGCAUGAAGCUCCGGAACCUGUUCACCAAGUUCAUCCGCAAGUUUGGGUUUGAGUUGGUGAAGCGGCUGCUGCCCGAGGAGUACCACAAGGUGCUGGUGAACAUCCGCAAGGCUGAGGCCCGGGCCAAGAGGCACCGCGCCCUGAACCAGGCUGCCAUGGAGGAGGAGGAGGAGGAGGAAGAAGAACCUGUCCAGGGCAAAGGCGACAGUAUUGAGGAGAUUCUGGCCGACUCAGAAGAAGAGGACAAUGAGGAGGAGGAAAGGAGCCGAGGCAGGGAGCAGCGGAGGCUGGACCGGCAGAGGAGCCGCGCGUGGCUGAAGGAGGGUGGCGGGGAUGAGCCUCUCAACUUCCUGGAUCCCAAGGUGGCCCAGCGAGUCCUUGCCACACAGCCUGGGCCCGGCCGAGGCAAGAAGAAGGACCACGGCUUCAAGGUGAGCACCGAUGGCCGACUGAUUAUCCGGGAAGAGGAGGAAGAGGAUGAGGCUGCCAGGCUGGACGAAGAGGAUGCCAGUAAAGGAGAGGAUGACGAGAUGGCUGAGCUGAUGGAAGACAUGGGCGGCAGAAGUAAAAAGCACCAGAAACUUAAGCAUCACCAAGUAGCUGAUGAUGAAGAACUUGAGAUGCCACCUCAGUACCAAGCUGGAGGCUCUGGCAUCCACCGCCCUGUGGCCAGGAAAGGUACCCCUGGAGCUGAAUACAAGGCCAAGAAAGCAAAAGGGGACAUGAAGAAGAAAGGUCGGCUUGACCCUUACGCCUACAUCCCACUCAAUCGGACCAAGCUGAACCGCAGGAAGAAGGUCAAGCUGCAGGGACAGUUCAAAGGCCUGGUGAAAGCUGCCCAGCGGGGUUCCCAGGUGGGACACAAACUCCGCAGAAAGGAUCGUCGGCCCUGAGGCACCUUUUCGGCCCCCAGCUGCCUUGACACCCGUUUGAUACUCAGGGCUCCAGCAGAACCUGAACUUAGAAUGACUUGUUGGUACCAGGACUUGGCGCCGCGGAUUUCAGAAGCUUCAAAUGGAAACUGCCCUUUAGAGACAACUCUAGGUCCUGGAAAUGCAAAUGUGGCCUCUGAGUCUCUGGGGAGGCCAGCCAGGUGGCUUUACAGUCCACCCAGGGGGCCGUGCACAGUGGUCUUCUGCUGGCUCCAGGGUGGCCAGUCGUCCAUGGCCUCCAGCUGCUGGACCAUGGGGCACUCAGCCUGCCUAUGACCUGGAAGUGUGAAUUUGCUGUGACCAGACUAGAAUAAACAUGCACUAGCAUGCA